AUGGGAUGGCCGAUUCCGUUACCUGACGGUGGCUUCGCUCACAGACAAGUACCUGACUCACAUUUUGACCAACCGCCAAAACGGCACCGUAAACCGGACCAGUGGACGACCGUCACAACGCGCGGCCGCUCGCCUUUUAACGGCGAUACGGGCGUUGCCACGAUUGCCGUCGACUCGGAGGCUAUAUUUGGCGGUCAAAGCAACUUCUGUCGCUCAGAGCUCGUGCAGAAUGUUGCGGGUAAUACGGUUGUGUUUUGUGAGUCCCAUUUGUUUGAGAUCCGCAUCGACGCGUCCGUGAACCCGGUUCAGCUGGUUUGGUACACUGGCGGAAGCACUGAGGCCCGCUGGUCCACCGAAUUUAAGACUAAGACGUGGUACAAUUUUGGCAUUGCCGUGUCUGCGGGGAAGCUGGCUCUGUAUUUCAGUGAAGGAGACGACGCCCUGGCACUCACAAAGACUGAAAGCUACAAUGGUGAAGUUCCUAGGAACUAUGAGUUUAACUUCGGCCAGCUCACACUUUCGAACGAUGGCAGUGGCGUCAAUAUGGUGGAAGGUGAGCAGGAUGUGCUGCUCUUCAAUGGCGUGUCAGUCGAGGACAGUAUUCCCAGCGGCACCAGCUCGAGCACAUCAACCAAGAGUUCGACACUAAAUUUCUCCAGUGUCUCGGCUUCAGCUACUGUUUCAACGACGCCGACGGCCGCCGCUGAUACUGAUACCGCUACAGCGACGGCUUCCUCGGUGAAGACGCCUGCUGACGAGACGACUGACGCUAGACGCUCCACGGAUCCGCCUGCAUCUACCAGUGAAAGCGAUGGUGAUGACAACGACGCUGCUUCUACUAAGAAAGCGCCUAACGGUACAGACGCGCCAAUAACCAAGAAAUUAGGCUGCAAGGUUCGUCGCAACUAG